UUCCACGCCAGAGCAGAGACUGACGUAUCACUUUAUUGAGUUUUUUGUUUCCACGUUUGCUUAUGAAGUUCAAGAAACAUUGGAAAAUAUAUUGAAAUAUGGGCUUACUUCAAAUGUUGCGAAUUAAAACAUAAGCGUAGCUUUUCUAAACUGUGAUUUGGUCUAUAAUUAUGGACGAAAGUGAUAUUGAACUGUUGAAGAAGCAGCUCUCAAUAGCGAGAAACGAAAUUAAGAAUCUAAGGUAUGUAUGAAAAAGACAACAAAUUUGCAACCUCCAACAUGUACAUCAUAAGGAUGUUCAGAAGAUACGUACUAUGCUACAAUCAUUUGAAUGUGAAUCAUGUAAAAUAAAUAGUAGACCAUCAGUUCCAAACCAAAAGGACAAUAGUUAUCACGUGCCCACCAACGAUGUGAUUUCAUUCAAUCCAAUAGGAGUAAUCAAAACCCUUUUUCCUGAAAAACGAGCUGUCCCACGGCAAGCAAACGUGGCUGCAAAACUCAUUAGCCGAAUCGAGAUGGAUCCAACAGUGUUCAAUAAUCCAGAACACUCGUUAGAAGGUUUGGAAACAUUUUCGCACAUUUGGAUUAUAUAUCACUUCCAUCGAAAUCAAGUCCACCUCAAAGCGAAGGUUGCUCCACCUCGUCUGGGCGGUGAGCGAGUUGGAGUUUUCAGCACGAGAUCACCGCAUCGACCGUGCCCUAUAGGUCUCUCAUUGGUACAGCUCGAUAGAAUAGAACAUGCCAAAAUUUACUUCUAUGGAACAGAUAUGGUGGAUAAUACCCCUGUCCUAGACAUCAAACCGUAUAUACCACAGUACGAUGUUCCGGAGAAGAUUGUCAUGCAGGAAUUCUAUUGCCCUAGAGAAGCGCCAGAUGGGGAAGAGAACGAUGAAUUAGCUCUUGCUGCUUCUACAUCUACCUCAGGAAACUCCGUUUCCAAUGUGACCGUUCCCAAUUGGGUAAUAAAUGGCAGAAAUUUGAACGUUGCUUUCAACGAAAAUGCGGAGCAACAAAUGAAGGAAUUGGCUGUUGAUAAGAAAUCUAUAGCUGACAUUUUAAAAGCUGAUCCUCGAUCAGUUUAUUUACGAACAAAGUACGGAUCUCAGAUAUACACUUUUCAGUUAGGCGAAAAUACGGUGACUUGCAAGUUUGACGAUCAGAAUUCCAUAGUUAGUGUUCUUCAAGUACGAAAAGUUGUGAAUCUAAGUGAUAUCACGACUUUGUCCGAGGAUGAAUAAAUGCUUUCUUGGCAAUAUUGUAAUAUAAACAAUCAAAAAUAUAUCUACCUGCACUAAGUUUUCGUGUGGCCUAGUUGUAGGUCUAGUCAAUUCCGACACAAAACCACGUUUGAACAGUUCAAUAUACCCUCAAAAUCUUCAUGCACAGCAUAAAAAACCUUUUCUGUGAACUACGGCGCAAAAAGUUGCUACGUUCCGUUUUUCAGCCGAUUUUCCAUUUUAACUGUUAUGAAAAGAAGAAACAAAUCUUUCCAACGGUUUACUAAACUAUGCAGUUUUGUAGGAAAAACUAUCAUCUUUUGCAUGUUUUUCAUGCCACGUGUGAUUGUAAUUGUUCAUUGAGGGCUUUAACCAGAUGGUCAUUCGCCCAGCUCAUGCCACGUAGGGAUGUCCGAUUUUUCCAAUUAAUCGAUUAUUUUUGCAUCGCUAUUAAUCAUAAUCGAUUAAAACCAAGAAAUAAUCGAUUAAUCGAAGUUAUCGAUUAGUUUCAAAGUUUUUCUGAGAGCAAUAACAAAAAACAAAACGUCCAUCUCGAAUGUCAAAUUUGUGUGAAAAUUAGCGGCUUAUUUGAAAGUGAUUGGAAUAUCACUGCCAGGUGCGCUAGUGAACUUGAUUAAAUUCACAGCUGAUCACAUAGAGAUUAAAAACAAUAAGAUAGUAGCGAUGUAAUGAUAUGGCACCACUAUUUGUACGCACAAAUAUUAAAAACUUUUUUGAACGAACGUGGAUGUUUUCUGUAUCGAUUUUGUUGGUUAUUUUCGGCAAAUUUAAGGCUACGAGAAACGAAAGUAAUGAAAUUGAAAGACGGAUAGGUUCUCUAGAGUGAAUCA